CCUCAACAGUGUAAACAAAUAGAGUGAACUACUAUGGUGUUUUGUUUUGCCAUCGGUUGUACGCACAAGACCGGUAAAAAUCUGCAGUGCAGUCUAUACAGGUUUCCAACCGACCUCAAAGAAAGGAAACGAUGGGUUGAAAGAUGUAGGAGAGCGGAUAGGGAUUAUAAUCCUAAUGACAGGAUUUGUAGCUGCCAUUUUGUGAACGGCAAAAAGGAGAACGGCCCAACUAUAUUUAGUUAUAGUAAAAACGUUGGAUGUUUUCCUGAUGUUGCCACACCAAAAAGACGUAAACUCAUGAAACCUGCUGCAGUGGAAGCAUCUGCUUCAAACAUAGAUGUGGGAGCUGAAGUUGAUGUUGAGGCUGAUUCUAAAAUGCCUGUACCAGACAGCAUAAUUGUGGUUCAUGAUCAUGGAUAUGCGACAUCAGAUCCUCAACAAAAAAAAGCUUCUCUUAAAAACAUGGAAGAGGAAAUAUUGAAGUUGCAGCAAGAAAUCAAUACGCUCAAGCUAAGAAAACCAUCCAUGACAAUUGGGAACAUAAUUAAUGAUCCUGAAAAGAUGCUGCUGUAUACGUCAUAUCCUGCAGAUAUUUUUCACAUUUUGGAGAACCUCUUGGAGAGAAUGGGCCCGUUCAAUUACUAUGGUGGGUGGACUGUGAUUAACUUCAGUGUCGGUGAUCAGUUGUUGAUGACAUUAAUGAAGUUACGACUCAACUGCAGGGACCUUGAUUUAGCAGAGAGGUUCAACACUAGUCGUGCUACUGUGUCCAAUAUUAUUAACACAUUUGUGCAUGCCUUGCAUGAAAUUUUGUUUGAAGGGGUCAUGAAGGCUGUCGGAAUACCGAGUCAACUGAAAUGCCAAGGAUCCAUGCCAAAGUCAUUUGAAGAAUUCUCAUCGGCAAGAAUUGCGAUGGAUGCCACAGAAGUGACACAAGACAUCCCAACAGAUAUGAAUAGCCAGUCCUUAGCAUACAGUAACUACAAGAGUCGCCACACUGUGAAAGCUUUAACUUGUGUUGCACCUAAUGCUGCUCUUGUCUUUUGUUCAGAUCUGUAUCCUGGAUCAACCUCCGAUGCUGCAAUUGUGGACCAUUGUGGCAUCUUAGAGAAGUUGCAAGCUGGUGAUAUGAUACUGGCCGACAAAGGAUUCAAUAUAUUUGAUAAACUUCCAAAUGGCGUAACCCUUAAUAUCCCACCUUUUCUUACCAACAAGUCUCAUUUCACAAAGGAGGAAGCUCAGUUAUGUUAUAAAAUAGGAAGAAGCAGAAUCCACGUAGAGCGGGCAAACGAGAGAAUAAAGAACUUUGAAAUUCUGAGUCAUAUACCAUCACAGUAUAGACACCUAUCCACCAAAAUAUUUCAACUUUGUGUGGCCCUUGUGAAUUUGCAAGCCCCCCUUUUGAAAGAGAUUGCAGAAAAGUAUGACAUUGAAGAACCUACUCAGUAGGUCAAUGUUAUUUAUAUAUAACUAACUAUACAUGUAUAUCUAGAAUCUGCAAAUGUCUAGGUAGUACAAUGUACUUGAUUUUCUAUGCACAUAACCAUGCACGUUUGAUAAUAUACAUGUAAAGUUGGGUACUUUAAU